AUGGUCUUGGCCGUGAAGGUAUGCUGCGAUGUGAAUGCUCCGGUCGAUGUGAUGUGGGACACCCUGAGGGAUGUGAAGAAUCAGCCAAACUACUUGAGCCGAAUUAUCAAGGUGGAAUUCAAAAAGCGCAGCAAGAACAAGGGGCUGGUCGACGUGCCGCCCGAUGACUUUGUCUACGAAGAGGGGAGCCUUUGGAUCGAAGAAUCUUUGUUUGAGGGCAAACCUUAUCAAAGUAUAGAGUCCAUUACAUCGCUGCGAAAGCCAAAAGCAGGCAACGAAAAUCCUUCUGUUCAAAUCAGCUCUCAAUUUCUUGACAAAAAACUCUCGAGGGCCGUGCAUAUUGGAACUUACACCAUCGAGGCAACCGAAGACAAGAAGAAAUGUCGCCUCCAUGGGUCAAUGGGUUUCUUACCGGGUGGAUGUUGGGCGGCUUUUGAUAUGUGGAGACGACGAACACAGAUUCGAAACUUUGCACAGUGCUUUUUUCAAGAACAAGUAAAUGAGUUUGGAGCCGAGGCUGAAAGGCGUUAUGCCAACCCAACCGCCAAAUAG